AUGGUAAAGAGAAGCAGAGCUGCAAUUUUACCAACCAAUAUAAUUCUGUUGCAGAAUUUGGUCAAGAGAGACCCAGAGUCAUACUAUGAGGAAUUUCUACAGCAAUAUGCCCAUUAUGAGUCCUUAAGAGAUAUAUUUAUGUUAGGUAAUAUGGCUGGUGAGGGCGAUGCUACGACGAGCGGUGUUGAGAGUACAACUGGUUCCAGUGAGGGUAAUACUUCUACAUCACAGUUGAUUGAGCUAAUUGGUUUUGUAUCGCAAGUGUGUUCUUGUUUCCCUAAGGAAACGCAGAACUUCCCAGAUGAACUGAGAGAACUACUAUUAGAGCACCACAAAUCACUGCCGUUCGAACUUAAGGAGAAAAUAUUGACCUCACUUACCAUGCUUAGAAACAAAGGUGUUAUUACAGCUGAACAACUAGUUCAAACAUUUUUCCCAUUAUUGGUGGCAUACUCAUCUCAAGGUAACACGCUAGGUAUUAAUUCACAUGCCAAGGAACUGAGAACUCUUGUGUAUAAGAAUUUGAUCUCACUGCUGAAGAGUUGCAAUACUGGUUCCAAGAACCAGAAGUUGAACAAAUCCACGCAAGCUAUCUGUUUCAAUCUGUUAGAUCAACCUGACUCCCAAGGUAUUUGGGCUGCGAAGCUAACCAGAGAACUGUGGAGAAGAGGUAUUUGGGAUGACUCCCGUGCAGUUGAAAUCAUGACCCAAGCUGCAUUGCACAAUGAUGCGAAGAUUGCCAUCAGUGGUGUUAUGUUUUUCCUAGACGCAGACAGGGAACGUGAAGAGACAUUCGAGGAGAAAUCAGAUGACGAAGAUGCUAUUGAUAUCAAUGCUCUAAAACAUAAGAUGCAAGUCAACAAGAAAACUGGUAGAAGAGGUAAGAAGUUAGAGAAUGCCGUCAAGACCAUUAAAAAGAAGAACAAGAACGGUACCAAUCAAGCGUUUUUAAAUUUCAGUGCUAUUCAUCUAUUGAGAGACCCACAAGGUUUUGCUGAAAAGUUGUUCAAGGAGCAUCUGUCGGGCAAGAACAGCAACAAGUUCUCACUUGAACAGAAGAUCUCGCUGAUGCAGCUACUUUCGCGUAUGAUUGGUACACACAAGCUGAUUGUGCUAGGUAUCUACACAUUCUUCUUGAAGUAUCUAACGCCCAAGACCAGGGAUGUCACCAAGAUCAUGGCCGCUAGUGCGCAGGCCUGUCACGACCUAGUCCCACCGGAGACGCUGAACGUGUUAGUGCGUAAGAUCACAGACGAGUUCGUCUCUGAUGGUGUUGCUUCCGAAGUAGCAGCCGCAGGGCUGAACACCAUCAGGGAGAUAUGUACCCGUGCCCCAUUAGCCAUCGAAGAGACAUUACUGCAGGAUCUUGUUGAGUACAAGGGCUCGAAGGCGAAAGGUGUCAGCAUGGCUGCCAAGGGUCUAGUGUCUCUGUACAGAGAAGUAGCGCCUGAGAUGUUGAAGAGGAAAGACCGUGGUAAAGUUGCGUCUAUGGAGUUGCAAGAGGCGAAGAGAAGCGGCACUGAGAGAGACAACAGGAAGCUGCAAUUCGGUGUUGAGAACACUGUUCAAGGUAUCCAAGGUAUCGAGCUGCUUGCGAAGUGGAAGAAGGAGCAAGAGGCCAAUGGUGAGGCUGUUGAUGACGAUGACGACAAGAACUGGGAAGUGGAAGACAUGGAGGAGGAAGACGAUGUUGACGGUGAAUGGGUGACCAUGGAUAGUGACAAGGAGUACGACGUGGACAUGGAGGACAGCGACGACGAAAAGAAGUCCGAGGAGAAGUCCGAGGAGAACCCCGAGGAGAAGCCCGAGGACAAGAUCGACCCUGAGAGUGCGUUCAGAGAGAUAGCGUCCAGCAGAAUCCUGACGCCCGCUGACUUCGCCAAGUUACAAGAACUGCGUACAGAGGAAGGUGUUGCCAAGCUGAUGGGUAUGAGAAACGAGAAGAACGAAGAAGUUGUCGAUGCAGGGCUGUUGACUGGUCCUGUGAAGUACAAGCAGACCAGGGAGGAGAGACUGCAGAAGAUCAUGGAAGGGCGUGAAGGCCGUGAGAAGUUUGGUUCAAGAAGAGGUAAGAGAGACAACGCGAGAUCCACUACCAACAGGGAGAAAGAAAGGCGGAAGAACUUCGUCAUGUCCAUCCACAAGAGAAGUGUGCGUGGUAAACAGAAGAUGUCUCUGAGAGACAAGCAAAAGGUCCUACGGGCGCACAUCACCAAGCAAAAGAAGAAGGGUCAUUAG